GGCGGCCGCCCCUGUCGUCUCUCUCGAUGUCCGUGUAACUCGGCGGCGGCGAGCAGGAGAAGGCAGGGAGGACCCUCCCGCCUCAGCCCCGCUCGCCGCCCCGCUCCCCUCCGGCGGGCUGUUGUGCGAGAGAGACAGACAGACACACACACCCUGCGCCCCGUCCCGCCCCUCGCCCCGGGAGGCCAGGCCAGGCGCGGUGCUGCCGCCGCCGAUCGGGGCUCCCCGCGCCCGCUGCUCGAGGAAGAGAAGGAGCGGGAGGCGGAGGGAGCGCCCCGGCGGGCAGCGGCGCAGCCAUGAGCGGCGGGGAGGUGGUCUGCUCGGGCUGGCUCCGAAAGUCCCCGCCGGAGAAGAAGUUGAAACGCUACGCAUGGAAGAGAAGGUGGUUUGUGCUUCGGAGCGGCCGCUUAACGGGGGAUCCAGAUGUAUUAGAAUACUACAAAAAUGACCAUGCCAAGAAGCCUAUCCGUAUUAUUGACUUAAAUCUGUGCCAACAAGUGGAUGCUGGAUUAACGUUCAACAAAAAGGAGUUUGAAAACAGCUAUAUUUUUGAUAUCAACACUAUAGACCGAGUUUUCUAUUUGGUAGCGGACAGCGAGGAGGAGAUGAAUAAGUGGGUUCGAUGUAUCUGUGAUAUCUGUGGGUUCAACCCUACAGAUGAGGAUGCUGUGAAGCCACCAGUUAGUUCUUUACAACCAUCUGCUGAGUUACCCUUGCCCAUCAACACUUCACUGCCUUCCAUGCAAGCAGAAUCUUCCCUUCCUUCUCCUUAUCGGCUUAUUAACGUCCCCCCUCUGGAGUCUUCCUCUGGUCAAGAAGAUCCUCAAGACUACUUACUGCUAAUAAACUGUCAAAGUAAAAAACCUGAACCUAUGAGAUCUCAUGCUGACUUUGCAAAGUCCAGCUCUUCAGAAACAGACUGCAACGAUAACCUGCCCUCCCACAAGAACCCCGCUGCAGCAGGGAGCAAGCAGGCUGUGAACGGCUUCUUCCCGCAGCAGGGCGUCUACGAUUCCCCACCUUCCCGCUCCGCGCUGACGCUGGCAGACUCCAGCCUCUACAACCUGCCCAGGAGUUACUCCCAGGAUGUUUUGCCCAAGGCGGUGUCUCCAUCUGGAACUGAUGCCGAAGGAGAGCAACAUGUUUUCAAUACCCUGUCAGCAACGUCAUUAGACACACAGAUGAGGCACAUCUCCAUUAGCUAUGACUUUCCCCCCACACCUGGAGGUACUUAUCAGAUCCCACGAACUUUCCCAGAGGGAACAUUGUCUCAGACUUCAAAACUGGAGACUAUUCCAGACAUCCCUCCACCUCGGCCGCCCAAACCUCACCAGGCAGCAGAUCGAUCUCCUGUGGAAACCUGUAGCAUCAGUCGCACUGCUUCAGACACUGACAGCAGCUACUGCGUUCCUGCCGCGGGAGUGCCGCCCUCGCGCAGCAACACCAUUUCAACAGGAGAUCUGAAUGUCUUCCGGAAAGAAAUUAGUUCUCAAGACUGUUAUGAUAUUCCACGAACGUUUCCGAAUGACAGAUCUAAUUCAUUGGAGGGUUUCCAUAACCACUUCAAACACAGAAGCAUGUUGACAGUGGGAAGUGUUUCAAGUGAAGAACUAGAUGAAAAUUAUGUCCCAAUGAAUCCCAACUCUCCUCCACGACAGCAUUCCAGCAGCUUCACUGAACCCAUCCAGGAAACAAACUAUGUACCAAUGAUACCUGGCACAUUUGAUUUUCCAUUGUUUGGAAAGCAAGUCCCUCCUCCUGCUCACAUGGGUUUCAAGUCCAGCCCAAAGACCCCUCCCAGACGGUCGGUACCUGCUGCAGAAUGUGAGCCACCGCCCGUGGACCGGAACCUCAAACCAGACAGAAAAGGUCAAAGUCCUAAAAUUUUAAGACCUAAACCACAUGGUUUAGAGCGAACUGAUUCACAAACCAUAGGUGACUUUACAACAAGAAGAAAGGCAAAACCAGCUCCACUAGAAAUAAAACCUCUGCCUGAGUGGGAAGAAUUACAAGCUCCAGUUAGAUCUCCUAUCACCAGAAGCUUUGCACGAGACUCCUCCAGGUUUCCCGUGUCUCCCAGACCGGAUUCAGUUCAUAGCACAACUUCCAGCAGUGACUCGCACGACAGUGAAGAGAAUUAUGUAUCCAUGAACCCAAAUCAGUCCACUGACGACCCAAAUUUGUUUGGAAGCAAUAGCCUUGAUGGAGGAAGCAGCCCUAUGGUAAAACCUAAAGGAGAUAAACAAGUGGAAUAUUUAGAUCUGGACCUAGAUUCGGGAAAGUCUACCCCACCUCGUAAGAAGAAGAACAGUGGCUCAGGCAGCAGCGUGGCAGACGAGAGGGUUGAUUACGUUGUGGUGGACCAGCAGAAAACGCUGGCCCUGAAGAGCACGCGAGAGGCAUGGACUGAUGGCAGACAGUCUACGGAGUCCGAGACACCCACGAAAAGUGUGAAGUGAAAACACUGCUUUGUCUUUGAAGAAUGGAGAGAACUGAAUUUUGAAGAAUCACAGAACCAUAAUGGUAGUGUCAGCUGUACAGUACCUGAUUCCCUGGGGUGGGAAUCAGUUCCUCACCAAAUAGGUUGGAAGCCAAGAGACACUUCGAAUAUAUCAAAGGAACUUUAAGAUCAUGAAUUGGCUCUGUGGUGUCUGGAAAAAUCACAGCCUGUAAAUAACCUGUAAAAUAAUAUCACUUAGCUUUCAGAAAAUCUUUUGUUCUGUAGUUAACACAUUUGUGGUAUUACAGUGUUUAUGCACUUUCUCAGUUACAAUGUUGGUUCAGGUAUUCACAGUUAGUGUACCUUAAUGUCUAAUUCAUCUGGAGAAUUCUUUUUUCCUUACACUACUAUUCCUCACAAUUUUAGGUUAAUUAAGCUACAUGUAGAUAUGGAAAUUAAUAUUUGGACUUCAUUUUAACAACUCAAAAUUUAUUUUGCAGAAAUACUUUCACAAUUGAAUAAUCUACUUGAAAUGCCAAGAGACAACUAUUAGUUACAUACUUGUUUAUAUUUAAUACAUACAAGAUUAUUUGGAAGUCUACAGGUUACCUUCCUAACAAAAAAUUGCUGUGAGUUAAUAAUAAUGAACUGUACUGGGUUUAGACCUAAAAUCCUGGCUUAUAUGUUAGUUGUUAGUGGUGGAACUUCUAUUGUAUUUUAUUAAUGACAGUGUUCUGUGUUCAGUGGGUGAAGAUUCUGCAGGGUGGGAUCUUACACUUUCAAAGACUGAAUAAUUAAAUGUCAAGUAAGCCUGCAAACCACUGAUGGCAUGCAGUAAUAUUGUGAUCUCACACUUAUUAACAAGAAAUAACCUUUAUAUUAUUUACAGAAGGUAGAGUAUAUAAAUCAGGUACGUACCAAGCACUGUUGUGCUAAUACACUGAUCAGGUUUAGACAAUGAGCUUUAGUUUUGUACUGUUUAGAAGUUCUAAUGUCAGUUUUCAGUACAAGAUUAAUGGGACAAUUUGACUUUCACUUUUUGUAGUGCUAGCAAAAUACUGUGAUUUUGAAUUAGACAUUAAUUCAAAUGGAAAUACUAUGUUUUAACACCAUAGUGCCCUUCUUAUGAGCUCUAUUUUACUUUAAUCUCCUGCUUGGCCUUAUAUUUAAAUCCCUAUGCAACUGAUAUUUUAUAUCUCUGUUUUUAAAAAUUAGAUAAUAUACCUGAAUGAUCCCCUUGUAAACCACUUGUUGCUCUUUCCUGGUACAGGAUUUUAAACUCUGUAUACUGUGAUCCUUUAUUUUACUAUGCCGGUUCCAAAUAAUAAUCUGCCUUUGUUUAGAAACAGUUUUUUGUUAUUUGGAAGAAGAUAGAAUUCUUUAAAUACAUGAAUGAGUUAGGUCUAGAUAGAAAACUUACUAACACUUUUGUUUUAUACAAAUGUUCUCAAUUAAGUGGUUGGUUUCAUUUUAUUGCCCAGUUGGGUUUUUUUUGUCCAGAUCAUUUAAAAGUUGCGUUUAAAGCUGCAUUGUUUUCUGGCAUGUUGGCCUUCAUAUUGUGCCUAAUCUACCAUUGGUUGUUUCUCUCCCCUAACAGACACAAUUUACAGUAUGUAAAUUUUAUUAUUCUUAACAAAGGUUCUUUUAAAAAUAGUAAUAUUUUGAUGCUUUGAAUGUUCAUUUUAAAAAAGAAACUAAACACAGUGCAUUUUGAGGUGAAUUUUAAAUAAAUCAAGUUGUUCUGUUUUGGUGUGUAAAAUGUGUAACCUGUCCUGUAAAGCAGCAAAUGGAUGUCAGUGUGUCUGGGAAGGUGCCUGGAUACCAACCACAUUUUUUCAGAAUUGUAGAUGUACAGCUAGAACAAUUUUUAACUUGGAUCUCUGAUUUCAAACCGUGUGCCAAGAAGCCAAAUAAUGUGAAUUCCCACUCUUUUGGGAGUCAGGAAAAAAUCAGUCUCCUAAGCCAUCCUUCUCUUGCUGAGCUUGUGGUAGAAAAUGAGUUUGCUCUAAGUUUGCUGAUAUCAGUCCUUGAUUUACAGAUUACAUUUACUCUUUCUUCAUUUAAAAUUUGGCAGGAUUCACAACAUUAUUUGUUAUUAUGAUUGAGAAUCCACUCUUAAUUUCUAGGCUUUUCCCUUUUCUUUUGUGAAGGAAAACAGGAGUUUCCACACUGUACAGACAGUGUAACAUUUUCUAAGUAGCAGUCUACAAAUUCUCUUUAAUUAGAUUUCUAAGCAGUUUUCUCCCCCAUACUCCAGUAUUACAUUUUCCAUACUGCCAUGCUGUCCAUGGUAUGUUCAGAAUCAGAGGUGUGAUAUUAACAUUUGAUGCUUCGGAUAUUAACCUUUGAUAUUAACCAGUGAAACUACACGGGCUUCACAGUGCAGAUCUGUCUCAGCUCUUGGAUGGUCUAAGGAUGUGAAUAUAAAAUUGAAAAUGUGGCUCCUGAAGUUGUAGGUGAUAGAAAGCAAGUGGAACUGAUAUCAGCCCUGUGUCACUUCCAGUUACUGGCUUUGUGAGGACAUUCUAGUUGGAGGCAAGCUGAUGGAAACUCUAGUAGAUAGUGGUGCAGAAGUAGCUUGUCAAUGUUGUUUCUCAAGUGUUCUUUUUUCAAAUAGGUAAGUUUUCUCUUGUUUCACUUAAACACUAUAUUACCAGUUGCAGAUACAGUUUUCAUUGCUGUAUGUGUAAUUAUAAAUUGCAAAUAUAUAUGUGCAAUAUGUCUUUUACAAAUACACAACAUCUUGCUCUUGAAAAUCAGAAGAAAACUUGGAGCCUUGUACACUAAGAUUGACUUGAGAGGUGAUUUGAUAUAAUUUCUUGGUGUGAUCUGAGCAUUUCUUUAUCUGCUGAGUACCAAUAGCCACACUUUUACACACUGUGAUAUAAUCACUAUUACCUCAUGAAGUACAGGUGCAAACACAGCUGCUCUGUUCCACUAGAACUUUGUAAUGUGACAUAGAAAAAGGUGAAAAUGUGGUCAUUAGUCUUUUUUCUUUACUGAUAUUUGUAUUUAUGUAAAAAAUAAUAACCAUUCAUGUAUGACAAUUGUGACAUAGUGCCACACCUAGGAGUACAGACAAAUUACAGUAUGGCUGUUUUGAUUAAGUAGUUUACAAUUUAUUACUUCUUGUAGCUAAUUAGGGAGUCAUGGGCACCUCUGUAGCUUUUACAGCGCACUUAUAAGCCAAGCAAGAUUUUUAUCACAGUGAAAUUUAAGUUUAGCUAUUACUGCAGCAGUACAUUUUUGUGUCUGUGUGUGUAUACAUGUGUAGUAUUCUUGCAAAAGUACUUUGGAAACUUAGCAGCCCCAGAGAAAAGUUCCAUUCCCUCCUUAGCAUUUAGUUUGUAUCAUGAAAAGUGAAUGGAUGUUUCUUUGCUCAAGGAGAAGGUACUGCCAUACAAUAUCAGUGGGCAAUUUGGACAGCAGUAGUGUCACUUCAUCUGUUGAAAUAUUUUAUACCUGUAGUUCUUAAGAAGCUCAGCACUAUCCACAGAUGAACUUAAAUUUCGAGAUUAUUCUCCAUAUUUCCUAGAUCUGCUCUUGAUCUCUGUAUAUUGCACCUAACUGCUUCUUAAAUGUUAAUUUCUUGUGGUUUGUUUUAUUUCUUGGGGAUACUAAUAUGGCCAUGACCACAAAAAAAAGUGUUUGUCCAGCAAUUAGUGUAAUAAGUGUCCCACAAAAACAUCGUAUUGAUUGUGUGUAGAUGAAACCAAAUCCCAAGCAAUGAGGUUUCUGGAUUUUGCCCUAACUGAACAAACAUUUUGAGUUCAGCUCUCAGCCUGACAAGGUGCAGAGUGGGAUACAAACAAAAGGUUUUGAGAGGGUUAUGAACAAUAUCCUUGACAUUUUAAGUUUUCCAGAAUAUGUUUAUGGUUCCACAGCCCUGAUGUUAAUUUUCAGUAGCAAAAGUGGGAGGAGAACAGGUAUUGGAUGCAUGACCAGUUGAAAGGUUUUUGCCAUCUCAUUGUUAAGUAAACAGAACUAGACAGUUCUGGUGCCAAUUAUUUUUUCUAGAUGCUCUAGAAAAGAAAAUUUCCAUGUUUCAUUUUAAGGGGAUGAUCUGUUUUCUUCAGCUUUUUUAUAAGAAGCAGGUUAGCUAAAGUGGACAGUUGUGUAAUCUGCUGUGCACACACACAAAAUCUUUAACUUUAAUAUAUGCUAAAAUGGAAUAGAAUAAAAUCCUGUACAGUUUAGAACAUAAAGCACCAAGUUGGCAAAAUGGAGACUUUCAAAGUUUUCCUGCAAUUAUAAAGCCAGUAGUAAUGUAGUAAUGAUCAUGAUUUGCUCUUGAAAAUUCUCCCAGGAUCUCUCAUCAUUGUCAAGCCUUUUCCUGGAAAGUUGUAUCUGCAGUGAAAUAAAAAGAAAAUGUGUAUCACAUUUUCAGAAAGGCCAAUCCUAAUAAGAUUUUAAUAAAUGCUGUUUGAGGUCCUGGGUUUAAUGUGUGUGGGGGGCUUGCACAAGGUACCCAGACAGCUUGAUUGUUUCAGUCGGAAGGCCAGAAGAGGAAGAAAAUAUAAAUAUGCCUUAUUUUCCCUGAAUUCCUACCAGACUUCAAAAUAUGUACAUUUUCAUAUUUUUAUAUGCUUUUUAGGGAAUAUACUUUAGAGGAAACAAUCGCUACUUGCUUCUGUGCAUUGGUGCUGGUUUUUGCACAAUUAUAAACUGUGCAGACUACCUGAAGGUUUAAGGGUUUUUUCUUUCUAUUUUGUGUUAAGAGGUGAAGGAUGCAGGCCUGGGAGUUUAGGGAUGCCUCAGACUGGCCUGCUAGUGCACCUCAGAAUCUGGAGUUAAUUGCAUCAAAACAGUGAUUCAACCCUCUGAUGAUAAUAAUACCUAUAAAUCAUGGUGUGUAUAUUUAACUAUUUUUUUAAAUUGAUCAUAAUUGAAACCCAAAUGCUGGAAACAAAUAGUGUUCAGAGGUAAGGUCCCCAGUUAGGCACAGAACAGCAUGUGAAAAGGCAUUAUGUGUAACAGGGCUCAAAUUCCCCAGGCACACAAAUCCUUUUAGGAUCUUUUGGUUUAGAAUUUAUAUUCAAGGCACCACUCUCCUCUUUAAGUAAGUGAAAGCUACAAGAACUUUUUCAAAAUCUAAUUUCUACUCAAUUACGUAAAUAUAAGUUUAGAAAUUGAAUUUGAAAAACACACCUUGUGUUAUAACUAUGUUUUUUUCCUCCAUAAAUGAAAGAAGUGAUAAUUCUUAAGACAUUUUUGCCUUUAGUUCUACUCACUAACAGCCCAAUAUGAGGAAGCACAAAAUAAAAUUAACCCUUGAACUUUAUAAAAAGAAGGAAAAAAGUAAAGAGCCACUUAGGACCAGGAUUUAGCCUCUGAUCUCCUCAUGUGGUGCAGCUGCCCCCAAUUCCAGUGCUCAGUUUAAAAGCUGGGACACAAAUCCUGUGGCCAGUACCAGGGAAGCACCAACAAGCUCUGAAAAAGUGGUUUACUUUAAAACAGUAUCAAGAGUUGAAGCAAAAAUUUACUCUUUGAGAGUGUUGGUGGGUUUGUUUCCUCUGUGUAAAAUGAAUAGGAUAAUAUUUAGGAUUGUGAUGCAAGUAUACUCAGUGCUGCCCUUUAGGAGCUGUGCUGAUGUCACUAUGAAUACUACUGUUCACCCCAGUUUUUUGGGUUUUGUGGUCUGUAUUUUUUGUACAGCAUUUGGUAUACCAGGAGAAGGGCUGUCUUUAAAGUGUGGGAUGAAGAAUCAGAAAACGUUGGCUCCCGAUAACAUUUUAAGUUUAAAUUUCCAAUGGAUAGUUCUAAGAUCUUGAGAUUUUCCUUUAGUAGGCGCAUUGUGUAUAAGGAUGGAAACUUGAAAUUAAGUAAGCAGUUAUUGUUCUGUAAAUGGAAUGGUAUUCUGCAUUAAAAAAACAAACAAACAAUUUUUUAAAUUACAUUAUCUAAAAUUAUCCAUUCUGUACACACAAUGUCAGACUUUUCUCAUAGUAAUUUUUAUCUCCAGCAACAUAAUGAUCUGAAUAAAUGCUGUUACGUUUUCUCCAGGAAACUUAGUUCUUUGGUGAAGUCUUACUUUGAUUUCCUGUGUCUUUCUGACAUGAAUUUUUUCCCAGCUAUUCUCUUUAAUUGAAGGAGGGUUGAAAACCAAUUACUUUUAUAAAAGCUGCUCUGUUUUUUGUAAGCAAGCAGAAGGUUUUUUUUAAUGUAGCAAAUCUCUGUUGUGAUUCAGAAUAAUCACUACUGCAGAAAGGAAUUCAGACGAGGUAUACAAAGCAGUAACUCCAAAGCAGUGAGUAUAGGCUAAUACAAAAAGCAUAUUCAUGUCUAAAACCAAAGGCUCAGGAAAUACACGUGACAGAAAACAACCACAGCCCACAGCACACAUGAGGGUCCACCAUUUUUGCAAUAAAAGCUGUAUUGGAAUGCUGUGUGUCCUGUGUAUUCUGAUACUAUAGUUACAGGUAAGUAGAUACUUAUCAAUGUUAACUGUCAAGGUGUUUUUCAAAGUCUUUAAUAGAGUAUUUAAGUAUCUAAACACUGUGGGGAAAAUUGGCCCACAUGACAACUGAGAAGAAACAUAGCAGCAUGAGAAAGGCAAGAAAAUAAUGAAAAUCAGAUUAAGAUGCCAUGGCAGAGGCAUCAAUGUAUGAACUUUGGGUAUAGAGGUAGAUUGAUACUUAGGUAUAUGUAGAAUCCAACUAGAACUGUUACUGAAGGGAUAAAACUGCCCAUGUAGUUAAAAUAGAAAAAAUAAAGUAGUAUGUCUUGCUUAAAAAAACAACUUCUUCAGAUUUAUCCCUAUCUUUCACUGAAGGUCUAUAUCCAACUUCUUAAAGACCCUUUUUGCUCUAAGGAUAACAGCAGUAGGAGGAAAUCUUGAUGAUCUCAAAGGUCUUUUCCAACCUAGUUAAUUCUGUGAUUCUGUAAGUCAAGUGGCUUAACUGUUGUGCCCAUACCUGGAGGUAAGUUUUCCAAAAGAGUCUUUCCUUGCCCUGUCUCGCUCUGGUUGCAAUACUGUAAGGUGAGGAGUGAACUUCAUUAAAGGAAACAGGGCCAGGGCAGAACCUAGUUGCUGAGAUGGAGGAGAAACUGGAGUUUUGAAAAUGGAAUGAUCUGUGUCUGUGUUUGUGCAUUAUUUUUUAUACAAAAAUUUAUUUUGCAUAUUGAAAAAAUAUAUAUGAUUGCCUUUUGGUUGAGCUUUUCAGUCAUAGCAGCAAAGAAAUAAAAUCUAAAAGCA